AUGGAAGAGAGACCACCAAAGCGAACUGCAUCAUACGACAAACAGUCGCACCAGGAACACCGGAGGAGGUCAGGAUCUCGAGCAUCCACCGAGUCCAGAAAGUCCUCGACAGGCAGCCGCUCAGGGAAUUUUCAUCGCACGACGUCGUUCGUCCCGGAAGAAGACACCAUUCCUGACGAGUUUUCCCUGGAAGACCCUGGCUUUUGGAGUGACCGCAGAUCACCAAGCCACAGUCCACAAAGAACGACAAGUCCGGCAUACGACCCCAGGAACACGAGCAAAGGCAAAGAAAGAGCAAUGAGUAGCGGCGGCCAGUCUCAGUCUCGAGCGGCCGGAGCGUCCCAGUCCGGCAGAGACAGCGCGACGUCGCCUGCGCAUGAUCGACGAGGAGCGGAUACAUCGAGAUCCUAUGCUGCAGGGAGCACUUCCACCUCCCGCCAGGCAUCGCAAGGAACAAGAAGCCAGGGCAAGGAGAAGAGUGAUCAACCUUCGGGCAGUGGAAGUGGCCGUUCGAGGUUGGUGUCUGGAGUGUUUGUGAGAUAUUAA